AUGGCUCUGUUCUCGAUGAUGCAGAGUGCACGCACUCUGGCGUUUUUUCUCGCGUGUUUGGUUGCACUGACUAACUGCGCAUCACUUAAAACCAUAGGAGUGCCGGCCGAAUCGCCAAAAAACGAGUGCGUGCCGGGUGACAAGGACACAGUAUGUACGUGCGAUCCCGCCGCUGGUGAAGAACCGCUCUCAGCAACUCUGUCGCAGGAAAAAAACGUCCUCAAGAUGGUCUGCAAACCCAAGAUGGCAUGCGCUCCAGAGGAGAUGCAGGACACUGUCUGCCAAGCGGAACAAACCGAACUGACCGGCUGCCAGCUCAAACUGAGCGACCUCCUUGCCGAAGACGCGACAAGCGUAGCGUGGGAGGCCGAGAAAGUGAAGGCGAAGGAGAACGGCGAGACAAAGAGCCUAACUAUUCCGACCCAGAAUUUUCCUUACUCCGAUCAACGAUUUGCUGUGGGUUGCACAGGAGAGAACAAGAAGUGCAAAGUUGUCGUCACUGUGGAGGCCAGGCCGACGGUGACAGACGGACAGACUGUCACGUGCGCGUACGGUGCCAGCAGCAAUACUUCUCACCAAGCUGUGACGCUGAGUCCAUCGAACAACAGCUUCACUCUGGUGUGCGGAGAGAAAGGAGACGUGUUGCCAGCGACUUACGAAACAACUUACUGCGUCUCAGGGUCGACUGACGCGGCAGAGACCUGCGAUGAGAAGUGGACGUCAGUUUUCGCUGAUUACGAUAGCAAGUGGUGGAAGAAUCCCGAAGGCACCAAUUCGUUUACACUUUCAAUUCCUACGGACAAGUUUCCGUCCGAGCAGAAGAAGGUUAUGGUCGGAUGUCAGCAGAAGCAGCCUAUGGAGGACCACAAGAAGACGGCGGCUGUAUCCGGUUCUGUCUGCCGCGUGGACGUGACAAUUAACGCUUCCUCUCCCCCGUCAUCGUCAGUGGCGUGGGGUAUGUUGCCAGGGCUUAUGGGGGGAUUUGUGAUCGCUGUUUUUCCUCGUCUAGUUUGA